UCGUCGCCUUUCCCUUUCCCCACAACCUCCAAAGGCGUGUCAACACCGUCAGAUCUUAAAAAUACGUGUUUAAACACAAAAAAACAUGGGAGUGCCUCAGUCGAUAGGUGCAAAAAUAAAACAUCGGAUGUGAGAGGAGUUGCGGCUGGAGGGUGUGUGGUGAUCGUUGGUUUGUCCCAGCGGAAGGUUCCACCGACGGUUGCGUCCCCCGGGGCCUCGGCCGGCCGACAGGUGGGGGCGGGAGUGCCGCCGCAUUGUCCCGGAGGCCGGCAGAGCGCAGCAACGCGGCCUGGCCUCCCGCUUCCUCCUCUCUCCCCCUCCCCCGGACAGCUUCAGGGGAUCUCGCUUGGGUUCCCUCCUUCCCUCCCUCCCCCCACACACCCCCCACCCCCCCGCCUCCUCGGGGCCCAGAUGACUUGCGGCUUCAGGUCAAGUUUCUCUUCCUUUCGUGAAAGGGCUCUCGGCUUUCACUUCGAUCGAUGAGUGUUAAGAGAAAGAAAACUACGGUGGAUUUAUCAUUGAAACAUCCGGUGUGUGGCAGCCCGACUUCCCUCGGAAGAUUCAACAUGCCAUCCAUCACCCGCUCGGAGUCUAGUCACCUGUGAGAAAAUUCCACAAAGCUAUUUCUCAAAGAGAAAGUUUCACUUCGGGAUCUCCGACCCAGUAGUUUCCCCUCUUGUGAUCACUGGAAUAGUCAAUUUUUUAUUUAUUUAUUCGAUUGAUUGACUGGGAGUGACUUGUAGUUGGCCUUGCCAUGAAUAACCUGUCUCUGAGCGAGCUGUGUUGCCUCUUCUGUUGUCCACCCUGCCCCGGUCGCAUCGCCUCCAAGCUGGCUUUCCUGCCCCCCGAGCCCACCUAUGCUCUGCUACCCGAUGAGUCCGGGGGCCGCUGGAGCCUGCACCUGUCCGAACGAGCGGACUGGCAGUACUCGCAGCGAGAGAAGGACUCCAUCGAGGCCUUCAUGACCAGGACCAGCCGGGGCAACCGUAUCUCUUGCAUGUUCAUUCGUUGCUCCCCCAGCGCCAAAUUUACGCUGCUCUUCUCGCAUGGCAAUGCCGUGGAUCUGGGUCAGAUGAGCAGCUUCUACAUCGGCCUGGGUUCCAGGAUCAACUGUAACGUAUUCUCCUACGACUACUCGGGCUACGGAGCCAGCUCCGGCAAGCCUUCUGAGAAAAAUCUCUAUGCAGACGUUGACGCGGCUUGGCAGGCCCUCAGGACCAGGUAUGGAAUUCGUCCAGAGAAUGUGAUCCUGUAUGGUCAGAGUAUAGGCACAGUACCCACAGUGGACCUGGCUGCUCAGUAUGAAUGUGCCGCAGUUAUCCUUCAUUCACCUUUGAUGUCUGGAAUGCGUGUAGCCUUCCCUGAUACAAAGAAGACCUACUGUUUUGAUGCAUUCCCCAACAUCGACAAGAUUUCAAAAAUAGCCUCUCCAGUGCUGAUCAUCCAUGGAACUGAAGAUGAAGUCAUCGAUUUUUCACAUGGGUUGGCAUUGUACGAACAAUGUCAAAGGCCAGUAGAACCGCUGUGGGUGGAAGGAGCCGGUCACAAUGACGUUGAGCUCUAUGGACAGUACCUUGAAAGACUGAAGCAGUUUGUUUCUCAAGAAUUGACAAGUUCCUAAAUGAAAGUUUAAUAUGCAAGGGCAUUAUAUUUUGUUUGUUUUUAGUUAGAAAAUGCUUUCCAUUUUUCUUUUAUUAAAAUUGCAUACGCAAUCUGAUAUAACUGCUGAGAAAGAUAUUGAAGGGUUUUGGUUGCAAAAUUGUGGUACCCAUGGGGUUCUAAAGAUUUGCAAACAUAACAUUGAUAAUUAAUGCCAGUAUUUAAAAUAAAACUGGAGUACAGAAUCAGUUUGACAAAUUGUUUUAGGGAUACCCAGGAUAAGGAAGUUAACCAUAUUUUCCCUUCAUUCUUUUGUUUGGAUAUAUUGAUGAUGUAUUGGAUGAAAUGUUUCUUUAGUUGUCAUGCACAUAUUUAAUUGUUGCUUUGUAUGUUUUGCCAAAUGGAUUAGCAUAUCAAUAAGAAAGAGAAAUUGCUUCACUAGGCCAUCUGGAAUGCAUCUUUUGUAAAUCAACUUGAUGUUCAGAAUAACCAGAAGUACUGUGCGUGCUGGGAAUCUGAAAUUAUAAACAAAAGUUUGGAAACAAUACGCAGGUCAGGCAGCAUCUGUGGAAAUGAUGAGGUCAGUGACCUUUUGUCAGAACUGAUUUUCACCGUGCAAAGUAAAAUCCUUAAUCAAUUCAAGAUGUAAAUUGACCAUUGUCACAAAAUUGUUCAAUGCUUUAAUCGUGUGCUUGGUGGCAAGUUUCCAUGGGAAGUAGUUUGGUGGAGUGUGAGGUGCCUGAGUUCUGCCUCCUCCUCGCAAGAUUGAAGAGAGCAAGCAAUCUUUGCCUGUUGCACAAAGUUUGUGCCAUUUACAUGGCAUUGAGCAGGUCUGUAUCAAUCAAAUAUUGCCCUCAGCUUUUCUUGGAAAACUGACCUUAAAGUAGUGUUUAAAUUUUUUUAUAAUUUCUUUUAUAAAUUUGAGUGCACAGAGAUUUAUUUUUUUUAUUUUGUUGUGCAUAAUUUUCACAGACUGUGGCUACUCAAGUCCUGAGGGUUUUGGUUUUGCUGAUUGUAUGGACAAACUCCAGUUUCAGAUUACACAUCAUGUACUUUUUUUUUGUAAAUGCAAAGGAGAUGGGAAGUCUUCCCUUGUUAAGACAUAGAUAACCUGUGUUUUGAAGGAAUUUUUCACUUUGUUUUUGGCACAUAAAAGACCACUAGUAAUGAAAUAGUGUUUAUUUUUCACCUUUUUUUUAAUGGGGAGUGGGAAUAUUGAGCUGUGGGAGUGAGGGGUGGGAUCAGCCACUAGCCUAAUUAUGUAGGGAAUAGUUUUAAAGGAUAAUAACCAACACACUACAAUGCAUUGUUUUUAGGUGUAUUUCCCAUUAGAGAGACUAACAUAUGCAACACUAACCGCUGUAGGUAAUGCAGAGUGAAUGCAUUUACAAGAGCAAUUGAAAAGUCGAUUUCUUUAUGGGAGGAAACACAUUUUAAAAUUAUGGUACUCAAGUAGCCUUACAGAUUUUUUUAAAAUGUGAAUGUGUAAAUGCUUGAAAUUCUCUGAAUUUAUAUGCUCAUGUAUGAUCCCAUGUUUCUGUAUAUUAUGACAAAAAUGCUACUUAGUGGUCAACUAUGUAUAUUGCCUGUGAAUUAAAUGUACAAGUCCAAUUUAUACAUUUACUGUCAAAUAAGGAGCGGCAAGCAGGCAUUGCCAGCAUUAAUGCAAUACCUUUGUUCUAGUUGCUUUAUAUUUCAGAGAUCAGUACUUCAGGAGCCAACCUUUGCUGGGAACUUAUUUUUAAAGACCAAAUUUGAAAUCUGACAGAAAUGGUAUCUUUCAGAAGUCUUGUAAACUGUAAAUGACAUCCAUCCGUAUUCCUUUACCUUGCCUUGUUGCUUAUUCAUUGCCUGAAAAUAUAUGCAGUAUUCAUUCUUUAAACUGCUCCCACCCCACACUAUACCCACACCAUCUCUCCAAUGCACAGGAUGGCAUGGGAUUAGCUUUUGAUUUUAUGGUGUACAUUGUACUUUGUUCUCAUUUGUGAAACUUUUUAACUUAAAGUCCUCCACUAACAGCUGAGUAACCUAGCUGUGAUAAAUCAGUAUUUGCUCCUUUCUAGCAAGCCUGGAAGAAAAGCAUUUAAACUCCUCAUUUGCAAAUCGCAUUUUACAGGAUUUAGCAUAACCUGACCUGCCCAAGUGACAGCAGAAUCGCCUUAGUUGUCAGAUUGGAAAGAGGAAUGGUUCUCAAUUGUGCUCAUCCUGUAGAGGUUAAGAGUAAUUAUGAUCCAUGUGUUGUUAAAUGUUCUGUCCUUCCAAGUGAUUGGGUGUUUCUCAUUCAGCACACCAUUGGCUAUAUUUUGAGGUUUACCAAUCUCACUAGAUGGAUUGUAAUUACCAUCCUUCAGCUUUUACUUUUCCAAGAUUCUAUUAAGAAGCAACAGAGGUUAACAGGAAAACAAAAACAAUGGCUCACAGAUUGUUAUUUAGGUGGGCAGAUAACUUGACCGGCUGGGAAGUAACACGUACACAUGACCAGCCUGAACAGAGGGGUGCCAUAUAAUUAAAGCACUUCAAAAUCUUGUGAAAUCUGUAUUUCAUGUAAACACUGUUUAAAUGUGAGUUAAUGAAGUGGCCUGUGGCAAGAUGAAACUUUCUAGUACUUUUUACCAUCCUGACUACUGAGCAAAUCGAAACUACCUGUACCUGUUCUGUGUUUUGCUUAUUUUCUGUUCUACCUGAUGCAGGCAGGUUGGUAUUUUUAUUAUAGUUGAAUUAAACUUUGAUUUAAAACAUG